AUGCAUGGGACUUUGAUAGCUUUGGCAUCUCUGGCCUUCUUCAGCCGCCUCUUGCCCAUUACCAUUUCAUUCCAACCGGACCUGGUGCGGGACAUGGCUAAGGUUCUCCAGGAAAACUACUGCUUCCCAGAAAACCUCAUCGGUAUGCAGGAAGCCAUACAGCAGGCGAUAAACAGUGGGGAAAUCCUGCAUAUAUCAGAUCGGCAGAUGCUGGCGUCCAUACUGACCACUGGUGUGCAGGGUGCACUUAAUGACCCCCGACUCAACAUCACCUACCAGCCCAACUACAUCCCUGUGGUGCCAUCUGCUCUCCCCCCUCUCCCAACUGAGCAGCUCUUCAGCACCAUCCAGAGUUCUAUCCAGGCAGACGUCCUGGAGGGCAAUGUGGGAUACCUGAGAAUUGAUCACGUGAUUGGGGAGGACAUUGCUGAGAAGAUUUGGCCCCUCCUCUUUGGCACCAUCUGGGAUAGGGUGGUCCACACCUCCUCGCUGAUCCUCGACCUCCGCUACUGUGCUAGGGGGGAGAUGUCCGGGAUCCCAAACCUUGCUUCGUACCUCAUGGAUGCCGAACCUCCUGUUCACCUUGACACUGUGUAUGACCGUCCUUCCAACACCACAACAGAGCUUUGGACUAAGGCCACAGUCUUGGGAGAGAGGUACGGAAAGGGGAAAGAUGUGAUGGUCCUCACUAGCAAGGGCACCAUGGGUGCCGCUGAGGGACUGGCCUAUGCCUUGAAGCAUCUGAAGAGGGCCAUCGUUGUUGGAGAGAGGUCUGCUGGGGGCUCAGUCAAAAUUGAGAAAUUUAGGAUUGGGGAAUCUGACUUUUAUAUGACAGUCCCUGUCGCCAGAUCUAUUAACCCGGUUACAGGAAGGAGCUGGGAGGUAGGAGGAGUGCUGCCAUGUGUGCGCUUGCAAGCUAAAGAGGCCAUCGUCAGAGCGAUAUCCCUCAUUGAGGUCCGAAGUGCAAUUCCAAAAGCAAUCCAGAGAGUCUCCGAUAUAAUCAAGGGUUUCUAUUCAUUUACAGAUAGAGUCCCGGCCCUCCAUCAAUACCUUUCAUCUAUAGAUUUCUUUGCAAUCACUUCAGAAGAAGACUUCGCCACAAAACUAAACUAUGAAUUACAAAAUAUAUCCAAUGACCCCCGUUUGUUUGUUCAAGUGGUGGCUGAGCCCCCGGUCAUUAUCGAGAAGGAUUCAGAACCAGGAAAAAUUCCCAACAAUCCACCAUUCCUAGAGGAUUUGGUCGAUAACCUUUUUCAGGUGACCAUCAUACCAGGGAACACUGGUUACCUCCGCUUUGAUGAAUUUGGUGAGGCCAAUAUGCUCACAAGACUGGGUGAGCAGAUUGUCAGAAAGGUGUGGGACCCAAUUAAAGACACGGACAACCUUGUCAUCGACCUGCGCUUCAACAUAGGGGGGCCAUCGGCGGCUGUGCCCAUCUUGCUGUCAUACCUAUCCGACUCGACUCCGGUGGUUAAUUUCUUCACUAUCUACAACCGGAUUACCAACUCUACCACUGAGUUCAACACCUUGCCCAACCUUCUGGGCACGCCUUAUGGUUCAAGGCGUGGGGUCUAUUUGCUGACAAGCCACCUCACCGCAACGGCGGGAGAGGAGUUGGCAUACCUCAUGCAGACACUGCACCGAGCUACAGUCAUCGGCGAAAUCACAUCAGGGACCCUGCUGCACUCCAAAUCUUUUCAAGUUGAGGACACAAACAUAGUCGUCACCGUCCCAUUCGUAAACUUCAUUGACAGUAAUGGGGAGUGCUGGCUGGGAGGGGGUGUCGUCCCAGAUGCCAUUGUUUUAGCUGAAGAGGCACUGGACAAAGCUUAUGAGGUCAUAAAGUUCCACAAGGAGGUCCAUUCCUUGGUGGAGGGGACAGGAGAGCUGUUGGAGGUCCACUAUGCCAUCCCAGAGGUUGCUGCAAAGAUCAGAAAAGUCCUGAGGUCAAAGUUGGCGAAGGGCUUGUAUCGAUCUGUGGUAGACUAUGAGUCUCUAGCCUCACAACUGACAGCUGAUCUCCAGGAAAUGACAGGCGACCACCGCUUGGGCAUUUUCUAUUGUGACAUGGAGGCCUUGCAAGAGGUGCCUAAAAUCCCUACUCCCGAGGAGGUACAACAUGUUGUUGAUACAAUUUUCAGGGUCGAGGUCCUGCCAGGAAACGUGGGCUAUCUGAGGUUUGACAUGAUGGCAGAUACCGAGGUGCUGAAAGCUGUAAGUCCACAGCUUCUUGACCUUGUUUGGAACAAAUUGGUCAGUACCGAUGCCUUGAUCGUCGACAUGCGGUAUAACACCGACAGCUACUCCACUGCGGUCCCUCUUCUCUGCACAUACUUCUUCAACACAGAGCCUCUCCGGCACCUCUACACUGUGUUUGAUCGCUCCACAACAACCAUGACAGAUGUCAUGACCCUGCCGGAGGUACUGGGCCAAAGAUAUGGGUCACAAAAGGACAUGUACAUCCUCACCAGCCACAUGACUGGGCCCGCAGCAGAGGUUUUCACAAGAACCAUGAAGGACUUGAACAGGGCCUUAGUCAUUGGGGAGCCAACCAUCGGGGGCUCCCUGUCGAGUGGUAUCUACCGGAUUGGGAGGAGCAUCCUGUAUGCGUCCAUUCCAAACCAAGUAGUGCUAAGUGCAGUGACUGGGAAAGUCUGGAGUGUCUCUGGAGUUGAGCCACAUAUUGCAGCCCAGGCUAAUGAUGCUCUGAAUGUGGCCCAAAAAAUAAUAGGAGCAAGAUUUCUAAAACAGGGUGCAGGAAAAUAG